AUGAUGCAGCGAUUAAAUUUCAGAUCGGACUCCAUUUCUUAUUUUGGCAUGUUUGGGAAAUGGGCAACAAUUCCUGAUGAAAAGAUCAAAGAUUUUACCUGGAAAACAUCUGUCGAUGUUGGAUUCGGAUACUUGGUCAGGCUUCAUUUCUGCAAGAGGGGAUUUCUGAUGGCAGAGACUAGAAACAGCGUAUUCAGUGUCUUCAUAAAUGACACGAUUGCAGAAAUUAAUGCCGAUAUAGGCAAAGAGAGGAGCGCCGUCAGCCGAAUCCAUCUGUACAGAUACUACAUGGUGAUGGUGAAAGGACACAAAGAAGAGGGCGGGCGUGAUCUAACGAUUUCCCUGCAAUCAAAGGAUGAAUUGGUAAGCGAACUCUUUAAAGGAUUGGAGAUACUGAAGUUGAGCAACCACGAGAACAGUCUUGCAAGUCCAAACCCCUCCACUCCAGGACGAUCUUCAAAAUCCGCUACAGUGCUAAAUUUACUGUCAUUUUUUGGUCAUGGAAAUGCAAUUGCUACUCUUGCAGUAAUUGUAAUCUCCCUAGUCAACAUCAUUACUUAUAAGUUGCGGAAAAUUUGGGAAGCUAACUCUACCGACAGUGGAUACAAUCCAUCAGGCCUUACUGAAGAAACAUGCCGUCCUUUUUCGCUUAUUGAGAUCCAAUCAGCCACUGAGAACUUCAAUGAUGCACUUGUUAUUGGGAGGGGUGGAUUUGCUACUAAUACAAAAAACGGCAAUUACAAUUUGACUACCAAACAUGCAACAUCUGUUAGUUUGGAAGAUGAUGCUUCACAAAAUAUGAUGGAGGAUUGA